GCGAGUCGCCGACUCGGAGCGCAACAGAAACGACAAACCUCAUUGCAUACGAUGGAAGCCGCGGUCCUCGGGAGCAUGAGCCGCCUCAGCGACUCGGUCUCUCUGUACGUCAAGGACGCCUUCUGGGUCUUCGUCGUCUUCAUGGUCUGCUGCCUCGGCGAGCUCAGCAUCCCGAUAUUGCUCGUCAUCGUAUACGUCUUCCAUCGACACGUCAUCCAUCAGCGCCACCGCCGGUGGCUCGACCUGCCCGAAGGCUGCCGUGACGAGAUUCUCGCCAUCACCGCCACGGUCUCGCCGCGUCCGCCCGACAUGACCAACGACCUCGAGUGGUUCGGCCAAAGCGAGCACUUUACGGCGAGCCUCCACGCGACAAUGGCCAACCUCCGGGCCAACAACCCGCGCAUGCCCUUUGCCCGCGACUUCUUCUCGGCCUUUGAUAGCGCCGUCUCGGCAGAGACGAUGGCGUACGCACAAUGGAACCUCCUCCGGACCACCGACCGCUAUCUCGGGUUCCAGGACACCAAGGUCAAGGUCGAGGUGAUGGUGCAGCAUUACCAGAGUCAGAAGCAGGCGUUCGAAGAGCAGGUUCAGGCCAAGCGGGAAGCACUGCGCCUUCGCCUGCGCCGCGAGCUCAAGUGGAAGCGCCUGCCCGAGGACGACUGGGAAGAAGACAAAGGCAGCUGGUUCAAGAAGGUCUGGAAGCUCUGGGCACCGCCCAAGCCGCCCAAGGCCGAGCCCAGUCACGCACCCGUCGUUGCCAGCGACGACGACGCGUGCUGCAUCUGCCUUGAAGAGUACGAUGGCUCCAAGGAGCUCAUCCAAGCCAAAUGCGCCCACAUCUUCCACGAAGACUGCCUCCUCGAGUGGCUGCGUCAAAACUCGACCAACAAAUGCCCAUAUUGCCGCGCCCCCAUUCUCAAGCCCACCUUUCUCCAGCAGUUCUUCCAGUAGCUGCUUCAUACGAGAUUGUAGCCGCAUUUCUAACUUAUCAAACUUGUAUAUCUUUUCUCGCA